AUGCUUGGCCUCCAUUCCAAUCGUCGGACCUCUGUAAAUAAGAAGACCGGUGUGCUUAGAAGACCUUCAGGCAAUAGGUCCUCCAUCGACGAAUUUAAAUCCGAAUGUUUUGACGAUGAGACUACGGUAGUGGAACCCGAUCAAGGCAACGUCCUCACUCACAUUAUCUCACAGCUACGGCCUGGUGCAGAUUUAAGCCGAGUCGUGCUUCCAACCUUCAUACUAGAGCCCAGAAGUAUGUUGGAAAGAAUUACAAAUUUUAUGGCACAUCCAGAAUUUCUUCUACCAGUCCCUCAAAUUGAGGACCCCGUCCAAAGAUUCGUUUCGGUAGUCAAAUUCUAUCUCUCGGGCUGGCAUAUAAAACCUCCAGGUGUAAAAAAGCCAUUAAAUCCUAUUCUGGGAGAGACCUUUACAUGUUACUGGCAGUUUCCUGAUAAUACAAAAGGUUAUUAUAUUUCUGAGCAAACAUCUCAUCAUCCACCAAAAUCCAGCUACUUUUACAUGGCACCUGAACACCACAUUCGAAUAGACGGUUGUCUCAAGCCACGCUCAAAAUUUCUUGGAAAUUCAGUUGCAUCUAUGAUGGAAGGUAUUGCCAUUUUACGAUUUCUUAAUAGGGGGGAUAAUGGGAAAGGAGAACGUUAUAUUGUUACUCAGCCAAAUAUGUAUGCACGUGGUAUUCUCUUUGGUAAAAUGAAGUAUGAGCUAGGUGAUCACAGCUACGUACGAUGUCCAGAACUAGGAAUAAGUGCAGAUAUUGAGUUCAAAACAAAGGGCUACUUCAGCGGGGCUUAUAAUAUGAUCGGUGGCACAAUAAAGAACGAUAUUUCUGGAGAAAUUUUAUAUGAAAUAACUGGACUUUGGAGUGGAGAAAUGACCAUAAAAGAUACAAAGACGGGGAAAAAAGAAGUGCUUUUUGACGCUACAAGGGCGAGGCAUUCUCCCCCCUUAGUCCGGUCCCUCGAAGAACAAUGUGAGCGUGAAUCGCAGAAACUGUGGCAUAAGACUGUCCAGGCAGUUAAAGAAUGUAAUCAUGAAGUAGCGACCGACGAAAAAACAAAAGUUGAAGAUAUGCAGCGAGAUGAGGCUGCAAAACGUGUGGAAAAUGGGGAAGUUUGGAGUCCUCGCCUCUUUAGACCUACCAAGGAAAAUGCUGGUGUCUGCGAAGAGAUUGAAGAUCAGCUCGAUUGGAUUCUUAAUGCAUGCAUUGAUGGGUCCACACCUGAAGAACAAAUCGAACAAAUCCUUGCCAUAACGCCAAUUCUUCCUGGUCAAGAAACUUGUAGCAAUAGUCCUCGAGCCGAAAAUUGCGACGAAAACCCUUGUUCGUUUACAACCCCAGAUUACAGCGGCAUAUCGAAACAAAUUGGAAAAAUUAUCUUGGAUGAUAGCAGUCAUCACUCUGAUCUGUUUGUUGAACCACAAACAUCUGACACCAAAGUAAAUAAAACCUAG